GAGCGCUGUCUCCUUCCACAGACCAUCAAGAUGGGGCGGAACGCAAAGCUGCACAAACGCAUCAAAAAGAAGACAACUGCAUCAUCUGCGUCACACCCUUCAUCCGGCGCUGCUAAUACACCGAAUGCACCUGUAGUAUCAUCGCACGUACAAGCCGCAAGGAGACGCGCAGAUCUCAAGUCAAAGUCAAAGUCAAAACCGUCAUCAAGCAAGGUUACGGGAGAACGUGUUCUCGGAGGUGCGGACUAUGUGACAUUACUUAUGGGCGGACGCAAGAAAGCUGCAAAGGAGGCUUUAAAGUUACCAAAAAGCUGAUCAACAACCUACACGAGGCUUUUGAGUCUACUAUUGAUUAAGCCUCGUGGAAAUACCCAGUCAUACAUGUUAGGAUCUCCGAACUAUAUCGUUUGCAUGGCAGCUCUCUGUGCUCUCAUGGGGUACC